AAUUGGAACAAGCAUCAGACCGUCAGAGGACGUUUUAUUUUUUCUUGUCAUAUAUAUUAUAACUUGUGUAAAAAAAGUGACGUUUUGGAGUGGAGAAUUCAUAAAUGGACUGUAUUGUAACAUUUUCAUUAUAGUGCGUUUCAAACUCCAAUUCUGUGACCCUUUGAAGUGCAACUCACAUCCUUGUUACAAAACAACAAAAGGUUUCAAACGUUAAUGUAGUUAUAUUAUAAAUACACAAAUUCAAUAUGUUUUGGGCGAGUGCAUAUGUGUCAUCUCCUCAAGUUGAGGCUUUAUUAAGUAAACAGGAUUUUACCUUGUAUGAAUUAAUGGAUAUCGACGAUAUUCUACAAGAAUGCAAAAGUCAAAAUAAGAAGCUAAUUGAAUUUAUAACGAGACCAGAUAUAAUGAAAGAAUUGGUUACGUUAACAACAAAGGAGCCUCCACUUGAAUUAGAAGAACGUAGACGUUAUAAAUAUCCAAACGUUGCGUGUGAACUUCUCACUUGUGAUUUGCCAACAGUAAAUGAGAAAUUAGCAGGUGAUGAGGAUCUUUUAUCGAAACUGUAUUCAUUUAUAGACACGGAAGAGCCUUUAAAUCCUCUGCUAGCCUCAUUUUUCAGUAGAACCAUCGGUGUGUUAGUAUCAAGAGCGACUGAUCAGAAUUGGUAUUCCUAUCAGUUCACUUGCCUACAAUUCUUAGAAUUUUUGAAAAGUCGUCAACGUUGCGUAGAAUUACUUUUACACCAUUUAGAAACAUCAGCAAUUAUGGACUUACUAUUGAAACUCGUCACUCAAGUGGAAGGAAGUGACAUGCGACAAAAUAUAUUAACCUGGUUGGAUGGCCAACAAUUGGUACAACGGUUGAUUGGAAUUCUCUCACCUGAAUCAGGUUCAAAAAAGCAUUCAAACGCAUCUCAAUUAAUCUGUGAUAUGAUUACAGAAGGACGGGAAUACAAACAUAAUUUAACUGAACGCGCCGAACCAGAUCCCAUUCUUCAAAGAUUAGAGUCAGUAGAAACAGUUGAACUAAUUUUGAAAACUAUUUUAACUGGUGAAAAAGUGGAAAGCAGCAUUAUAGGCGGAAUUCAAAUACUUAUGACUCUUUUGACACAGAAGACAAAAUGUAAUUCUUCAGAAGCUGAACGUGGUGGAAAUGGUUCUGAUGAUCUUGUUAGCAAUGAACAGUGCCAAGCAAUUAUAAAUGCCACAAUACCGUUUCUAGAAGAGCUCAAUAAACUUUUAUUAGAACCUCCUUACAAACCACCUGUAAACACAACUGUCGGAGUAUUGGAAGUUCCAUUAGGAAAUACUCGUAUUCAUGUCAUAAAAUUAUUUGUUGCUCUUUUAUCAACGGAAAAAUCAAUUGACAAAUCAAUCAGCACAUCGCCAACAAUUGAAAGAUUAAUUGAUCUUGGAACAUUCCAAAUACUUCUCGAUCUUUUCUUUAAAUAUUCAUUCAAUAAUUUUCUUCACACACAAGUACAACAAUUUUAUCAAGUUGCAAUCGAUUGGAAUAGUCCCGAUAUUAAUGAGCAUAUUUUGGAGAAUAUAUUUAUAAAAUGUAAACUAUUAGAACGAAUAAUGGAAUGUUGUAAGAAAAAUGAAGAGAAAAAAAGUGAAAAACCCAGUGUCAAAGAGGCGUACAUGGGUCAUUUAAUUGAACUCGCAAAUCAUGUGGUGGAACAGUGUGAGAAAAAUAGGGCUUUCAAUGACUUUUUCUUGUACAAAUUGCCCGAAGAAACGUUAGAUCAAUGGGUGAAUUUUGUCGCUGAACAUUUGGGCGAAAUAAACAAAAUUCAACAAAUAAUGUUGGGAGGUCCUGCUCAGGUAUACAUGUCGAAAUCAGCAGAAAAAUCUGACGUAUACGCUUAUUCGCAAGAAGUUUAUGCACAACAGGUAUAUUCUAAUUAUCAGGAACAACUAUUAGGAUCUCACUAUGUUUCAUACGCCGUUCAUGAUGAGAAAUUCAUUGAUGGCGACGAAGAUUUACAUAGUAAUACGGUCGGUCAACUUGGUACAAUAGAUUUUAUUCUCAAUGAUGAUGACCUCAGCAAAGGAGAAGAAAUGUUCAGCAAGCUUUGCUUUGAGAAACGCAUAAACUUUGGCGAAGAUAAUGAGGAAGUAAAUUGGAGUUAUGGAAACGAUUUAACUUUUCAAACAGUAUUAGACAAGGACGAUGCAAGCUCUCCUAAGAAAAGUCAUGACUCCAGUUCGUCAGAAGAAGAUGAAGGUCCCUGUGACAUGGAAAUCGAUUCAAAUGAUGCUUCAGCUUUACCACCAGUCAACCCUUGGGACGUGCCAUCAUCCGAACCAGUCGAAGAGACAGGCUGGGCAAAUUUUGAUAAUUUCGAUUUGAAAUUGAGUAUUGAUAGUGAAACAAAUGCGGAGCCAUUUGUGGCAACGUUUCCGGACAUUGUUCCAACACCAAUAACAAAUUUAGAAGAGGAAACGGUUUAUGUACAGAAAAUUAGUUUAGAAGGAAAUUUCAAUGAUUCCAAUGCGAGUGGAGAUGAAAUGACAAAUUCAACGGAAACUAAUUUAUUACAAAAGGAAAAUCUCAUUGAAAAGAAGGCACCAAUCACAACAACAACAACAACAACUUGUCUUGAUUCUGUAAAUACUCCAGAUAGUAAUGCUAAUCCGAUCACCAAUCCUGUCACAAUCAACACGCUGUCCACAACUACGGAUGUGAAGAAGGACACAAAUGAUGUUAUACAAAAUACAAUAGAGAAUGUAAAACCAUUGGAGGAGCAAAGCACCACAGACGUUGUUGAAAACUCACCAGCUGAUGAUUUGGUUUUAUAAAGAAUAAGAAAUGGGAGAAAGAAUCAAUUAAGUUUCAAGGAGAAUCUUACAAGAUUGAAGAUAGCAAAUAGGACAAAUCAUAUCAGAUCGGUCUUACUAUUAUCAUAGCACUCUAUUCUCCCAAAUAAUGGUGAUGGCGCAAUUGUAUUCUAAAUUUAAAUAGUAGAGAGAAUAUCGAGUUGUUAUUAGUUCAUCGCGCUCAAUUCUUUAUAAUCGUAAAAUAAUUUUAUUCCUUUCCCUUCAAAUUUUCUUUUUCUAUCAUAAAUUUUUUUCUUCUUGUAAGUACAAAUAAUUUUUCUUUCUUUCUUUUAAUUUUCUUCUUCUUCCAAUUUUUUUUUAGUUCUUGUGUCACAUUUUGAUUGUUGAGAUAUAUCUUAAAAAUUUUUAACUUGUAUGUAAGAAUGUAUGUAAUUUUUGACAUGAGAAAUGAAUUUUUUAAAUAGAAUGUUUUUUAAGGAGAUAAUUCCUCUCAUAUGUGGGAACAUUAAUUUUUUUAUAUAUUUAGAGGGGUAAAAUUGUAAUGAACUUUCGUUAAAUAAGCAUUUAUCAAUAGGCAAUGGUAAAUAAUUGCAAAUUUUAUAUAUUGAAAUGUUCUUGCAAUUAGGGAAUGAAAGAUUUUUUUUUUCAAUUUUGUUCUAACAUAUGGGAGAGUUCUUCACAAUUUGUACUAAGGUGCACCCAAAAAAAUGAUAGCUUUAUUUCAAAUUUGCCUCUAUUUUUAAUUGAUUUAUUAGUGAGAAAAAAAUAAUCGUUUAUUCGACGAAAUAUAUUUAUAUAUGUAAACAUAUUUUAACUAUAUUUAAGAAUUGUAAAUUAUAAAUUGUGUGAGACGUUUGCGCUUCAUUAGAAGUUUUUUUCUAUUUACAAAGUAUUUUAUUUUUCUGUUAAAUUGGGCUUUCAAUGUUUGUUCUCGUUUUUAUAGUAUUUUCUACGCAAAAAGAAACUGUAAACAAAUUUUUUUAGA